UUUCAAUAACUUUCUUCAAGCCAUCUACUCUCUCUUUUUCACCAAGGAAAUUUCGUUACAACGUUGCAUGUACCUUUCAUUUGCUUCCGUUUCAAUGGUAUUCUCUGAAUUUGGAAGUAAUCGCUGUGCUAGUGUUCACUCGGUCCAUGAGAGGCAUGAAAGCUAAUGGCCGCCAAAUUCUAUCCACGAAACAGCUGAUGUGCGUUGUUGUUUCUCAAUUUUAAAUUGGUAUUUUCACGGGAUUAACGGUGGCAAAGCACUUAGAUGAUACGUUAUUCGUGUAAUUGUUUUGUGUGGAAUUCAGGAUGUCACUGACCAUACAACAAAUAAUUUUGGAUGCAAAAAGACUCGCUGGUCGUCUUAAAGAACGCGAAACCGAAUCGGAUGCUUUGCUAACUGAAACUCAAUCUGCAUAUCGUCAAAUCCACACCAUGAAACAGUACAAAGAAGAGGUUGAUACACUGAACGAGGCUUCACGCGAACGCCCCCGUGGAGCACUUAUAGCCAGCAUAGAAAGGGAAUCUCGCUUGAUGAGGGAUGUUCAACGUGAAAAUGGGGAGCUUCGGGCUGCACUAGAAGAUCACAGGCGGGCUUUGGAGCUCAUCAUGUCUAAAUACAGACAGCACACGGAAAAGAGAGUGUGGGAGUCCAGAAUAGACUUUACGGCAGCUGUCAAUGAAAAACAGCAAGAGCUCAUUCGUAAACAAGCAGAGAGAAUCAAUGAAAUGACCAGUAUCAUGUACAAAGCUGUGAAUAUGGAGGAGAAUGGUGAAAUAAGGAGGGAGGAAGAGGUGUACCACAGGCUCAUCACUGAAAACAAGGGGUUGCGAGAGAUGCUGGACCUGUCGCGGCGGUACGGGUCGGACCGCGCGGUGGCGCCGCCCACCGAGGACAAGGACGUGCAGACGGACGGGCCGCCGCUGCACGCGUGACGCGCCGCGCCCGAGCCCGCUGCUGCUCCUCCCGCCACCCCCGCCAC